GUGGACUUUGAGCUGCUUGUCAUCGCGAGGAUGCCGUUACGGAGUGUGUGAAAGUGCCUGCAGCUCUCGCUCUUGCUAUGCCGCGGAGUCUCAUGUCCAGUGAGGAGGAGAUGGCUCAGAGUUUCUCCGACUCAGGCAGCUCGGAGUCAGACAGCUUGAGAGACGAGCAACCAUGUGUAGAGCGACCGAGUAGCAGCCGCGGUGACUCCUUACUCAUCUGCGUCGUUAUUCCUGACCUGCAGCAGUCUAGGUCCAUGAGGUUUAAGGCUGAUUGUACAGUCUGGGCAGCCAAACAGCAGAUCCUGUGCACACUAACGCAGAGUCUGCGAGAUGUGUUGAACUACGGCCUCUUUCAGCCGGCUGUGGAUGGGAAAGAAAGCACCUUCCUGGAUGAGGAAAAGCUCAUUCGAGAUCACACCUUCCCUUCCAACAACGAUGUGCCCACCCUCGAGUUUCGCUACAAGAGCCGAGUGUACCAGCAUGCCAACAUCAAUGAAAAGCAGAUUGAAAAGCUUCAUACGCAGGCCAACCUGAAGAAGUUUCUAGAAUUUGUUCAGCAUCAUCAGGUGGAUAAAGUGACCAAGCUGCUUGAACGAGGUCUCGACCCCAAUUACCAUGACUCAGACACCGGAGAGACACCUUUGACACUGGCUGCCCAUCUGGACAACAUGGUAGAGAUGAUCAUAGCGCUGAAAAAUGGAGGCGCUCAUUUGGAUUUUCGCUCCCGAGAUGGCAUGACCGCGCUGCAUAAAGCCGUCCGAGCCAAGAACCAGAUCACUCUUAAGGCCUUGCUGGAAUUAGGUGCGUCUCCAGACUAUAAAGAUGGGCAGGGUCUGACUCCGCUCUACCACACCGUAACUGUAGGGGGCGACCCAAGCUGCUGCGAGGUGUUACUACAUGCUCAAGCCACUUUAACUUGCCACGAUGAGAACGGCUGGCACGAAAUCCAUCAGGCUUGUCGAUAUGGUCAUGUCCAGCACUUGGAGCACCUCCUGUUUUAUGGAGCUGACAUGCGUGUCCAGAACGCCUCUGGGAACACACCUCUCCAUAUCUGUGCCCUCUACAAACAGGAGAAUUGCGCCAGAGUUUUGCUGCUUCGUGGAGCCAGCAAGGAGGUGAAGAACUACCGUGGGCAAACUCCUUUUCAGGUUGCCAUCAUUGCAGGGAACUUUGAGCUGGCUGAGUUCAUAAAGAGCCACAAAGACGACAGCAUUGUGCCCUUCCGGGAGGCUCCGACAGCAGUGGUGGUGAGCUCGGGCAGGAGCAGGCCUCAGCAGCCUCAAGCAGGCCGCAGCACUCUGGCCGCACCUCGUGUGCUCCUGCGGUCAAACAGCGACAACAACCUGAACGUUAACAAGCUCUCUGCGCCACACACGCCCUCGCGCUCGCCCUCGCCCCUGCGCAGCCUGUCACCCCGCAGGCCCCAGCAGAUGCAGAACAGCUCCAAUGGCACGGUAAAGAGCAUGGGCCGGGGGGCCAGGCACCCCCCGCGCAGCCGCUCACCCUCGCUGGGCCGCCUGGGGGACGGCGACGCCCGCAGACAUCCGCCCCAGCGCCACAGCAGUCCACGUCCCGGGCGUGAUGCUUUCUCUGGAGCAGAGACUCCAGGGUCCAAGCGGCGGAUGUACAGCGCCGUGCCAGGGAGACACUACAUGGUGGUGAAGUCUUAUCAACCUCAGGCUGAGGGAGAAAUCGCCCUGUACAAGAACGACAGAGUCAAAGUACUCAGUGUUGGUGAAGGGGGAUUCUGGGAGGGAAGCGCUCGAGGUAACGUCGGUUGGUUUCCUUCUGAAUGUGUGGAGGAAAUUCCCAACAAAGCUAACGAGGAUCGACCCUACGCUCGAGCGGACCGGUCGGAGAGGCGGAAGCUCUUUCGGCAUUACACAGUGGGAUCCUAUGACAGCUUUGAUGCUUCGAGCGACUGCGUCAUCGACGAGAAGACCGUGGUCCUGCAGAAGAAGGACAACGAAGGUUUCGGCUUCGUGCUGAGAGGGGCGAAAGCUGACACCCCGAUCGAGGAGUUCAGCCCGACCCCAGCCUUUCCCGCCCUGCAAUAUCUGGAGUCUGUGGACGAGGGUGGGGUCGCAUGGCAGGCCGGACUACGCACUGGAGACUUCCUUAUCGAAGUUAACAAAGACAACGUGGUAAAGGUGGGCCACAAACAGGUGGUUAAUAUGAUCCGGCACGGGGGAAAUCAUCUCAUCAUUAAAGUCGUGACCGUCAGCAGAAAUCUCGACCCUGAUGAUACGGCUCGAAAAAAAGCUCCAGUCCUUCCAAGGAGAGCUCCAUCAACUGCCCUUUCCACUCGCUCCAAAUCCAUGACCUCAGAACUGGAGGACUUGGUGGAUAAAGCUACUUUGAGGAAAAAGAAGGAUAAAGUCGAGGAGGUUGUCCCGCCACAAAAGCCAGUGUGGGACAACGCGAACGUGGACGUGAGGGUGGCAGCUGUUAAACCGCGCCCCACAAGCAGGUGCUUUGCCGUGGCCUCAGAAAUGAAUUCACUGUGCAACAGCCAGGAAAUGUCAGUGGAUUCUGCACCAGUAACAGCCACUCCUAAAGGCCCAUUCCUGGGUAUACCAAAAGGAGCCAUUCGCCGACAGACAUCUAUAGGUGUAACUGAAGAAGAAAAGCAGUUUCUUACUCCUCCCAUGUUAAAAUUUACAAGAAGCCUAUCUAUGCCUGACACAUCAGAAGACAUCCCCCCACCACCGGCUAUUUCCCCUCCAUCUCCUCCCCACAACAAUGCCCCCACACCUGCUGGACAUGGUUAUGGCACAAUCCGACCAGGCUUCACCCCUCAAAGUCCUACUGUGAACAAUGCUCCUUCAGACAGAGGAGACUCAAGUCCUGGUCCAGGUUGGAGAGACCAAGGCAUGUAUUACCAAAAGAAUUCUGAACAGUAUGAUGCUAAAGACUACAGCAACAGUCCAACUGCUCAGCAGAGCCUUCACAUGCGCCGAGCCCAGAUUCCUGAGAACCCAUAUUCGGACGUCGGCAAAUUGGCGAAUGCUGCACUGUUUGUUCCAAACAAGCCUGCACGGAGAAAGGGCAUGCUUGUGAAACAGUCUAAUGUUGAGGAUAGCCCAGAGAAGACCUGCUCCAUUCCCAUACCCACCAUCAUCAUCAAAGAGCCUUCCACCAGCAGCAGUGGAAAAAGCAGCCAGGGCAGCAGUAUGGAGAUUGAAACUUCAACGCCCGACCACCCAGGCCAACUCCGCCCUGACGAUGGCAUUAAUACAGGAAGCCCUUUUGCACCUGCCAUAGCUUCUAGUUCCGGCAGGGAAAAACGGCUGGAGGUUCACAGAAAUUCCCCAUCGUUUAGAUCCACAGAUGCUGGUGAUGAGGAUGUGGCUCCCGCUCCUACCCCUCGUCUGCGACACUCAAAGUCCAUUGAUGAGGGCAUGUUCAGCAGUGAUGAGCGUCUACGCCGGCUCAUGGCUCCCCCUUCAUCCCUGCUUAGCAUCCCCCGAGGAGGGGGCAAUGUAACAGACUUUAACAGCCCCGAGCCAACCAUGGUGCGGGAGUUACUCAACACUAGAACAGGUCACAGUCCCAUUAGCCUGCCAGCUCACAAGACCUACAGCUCAGGGAGCGGGAACUAUGUUCACCCUGUCACCGGAAAACCGCUAGACCCCAAUUCUCCAUUAGCCUUAGCAUUAGCUGCCAGAGACCGGGCCAUGAGAGAGCAGUCACAGCCUUUGCCACUUAAGAGUGACCCGUCCAAACUGGAUCUCAACAAGCCACUUUUUAUUGACACAAAACUUCGGCCCAAUGUUGAAGUAAGUUUUUCCAGCACUGCCACCAUGGGCAGGCCACGGGGGGGCCUACGAAGACAGAUGACGGAAUCCAAAUUUGAAACUGAGUCCAAGUUCCAGCUUGACCUGGGCAAGAUUGAAAAAAGGCCAGAGGAGAAAAAGAACAUGCUGAUAGACAUUGUGGACACAUCCCAACAGAAGUCGGCAGGGCUGCUAAUGGUUCAUACCACAGAUGGGACCAAAACUGAGGAGAACAGCCUGUCAGAAGGAGAGAGGGAUGAGGAUGUUUGUCCAGAUAGCACCCCCGGAGAGCUUCGUGAUCCCAACCAGCCAGUUCCUUCUAAGCCUGCACCACUAAAGCCUCUCUCUGUAGUGCCACCAAAAACCAUGAUCUCUGUCAGCUCUGUAGAUGAGCCUGUCAAACUUCCCUUUGGUAUCCCUCCACCACCUCUGGCCUCUGUUGACAUUGAUGAGGAGUUUGUGUUUGCCGAACCCCUGCCUCCACCGUUAGAGUUUGCUAACAGUUUUGACAUCCCUGAAGACCAAGGGGCACUCAGUGAACUUCUGAAGCAGAAAUCCAAUGGCAUGAGUGUGAGUGGACCAACGCUUGCACCUUAUUACCCCCAUUUAACCACAAGCAACUCAAGAGAUCAAGAGAUCAAAAGACCAACUGUUCUCACCAACUGCACACCUCCCAGCUUUCCUACAGGACCUCUGGAACCUUAUGAGCCCAUUAUUGACUCAGGCAUUGAAGUGGACAGCCGGAGCAGUGGAGACCCCCAGCUGGAGACCACAAGUACGGUCUCCACUGUAUCGAGUAUCUCCACCUUAUCGUCAGAAGGAGGAGAGACCCUGGACACUUGCAUGGUCUAUGCAGAUGGUCAGGCCUUUCUGGUGGACAGGGCACAGGUCCUACCCAAACCCAAAGCCAAGUAUGCUGUCAACAAGAGCAACGCACUUUACAAGGACGCCUUAAACGAGGAGACCAUAAGCUCUUUCAGGGUGCCCUCCUCGAUCCCUCCACCACCCCUGGGAACUGCCCCACCAGAACCUCUAAAAACCCCAACACAAAGAACCUCAAAGCUUUGGGGUGAACCUCUGGAUCUGAAAACCCCACAUGGACCAGAGACGAAACCCCAAGGCUUGACAGAAAUAAAUUCUGUUCUGCAACAUGUCAGCAAAGACAAAGCACCAAAGCCAGAGGAAGCUCUAGACUCUCCCCCAGGAUGUAGAACUCAUUUUGGAUUGAGAAAUCAGGACAGUGUGUCCCUCAUCUCAGGAACCCAGCCGAACCCCGGAGUGUCCUUCACCAAUCAGCCCGGUCCGAACGUGCCUGCGCCAUCGCCAUGCCGACAGGCUGAGAGCUUGCAUCACCAUCGCCAUCCCUCGAGCCCGAGCCUCACAUCUCCUCCUCCAAUUCUGAGCUGCUCCUCGUCAUCCUCCUCUCUACCUGCCGUGAGCACCACGUCCUCGGUACAGGGCCGAAGUCGCUCACCUUCGCCCCUCUCGUUCCUUCAGGCCGCCUCCGGCAAGCCAUUCGCCUCCAAGGCGGUUCUUUCGUGGACCAAACAGGACGUGGCUGACUGGCUAGAAAGCCUCAACCUGGCUGAACACAGAGACGCCUUCCUGGAGAACGACAUAGAGGGCACACACCUGCCCAGCCUGCAGAAACAGGACCUAAUUGACCUAGGAGUGACACGCGUCGGCCAUCGCAUGAACAUCGAACGUGCACUCAAGCUGCUGCUUGACAGAUGAGAGUGGGACAGCACAAGCAAUUGUUUUUUGGUUCUUGAGCUUCAUUUGUUCCUUACUCAUUUUUCUUUUGCUUAUUUUAAUACCUUGGGGAUUUUUUCCAUGUCAGCUGGAAAGGAUUUCUAGGGAGCACUUGCAUCCUGAAGAAAAUUUUUCUUCAAGAAAGCUCUUCUCACAUGAAAGUUCCAGCCGGUGAUGGACGACGUCAAGCCAAACACACUGUACAGUCCCCACACACACAUUCACACACACACACCAGAGCUCUUUGCUGUUUUUGGGUUUUAUGGACUCAGGCCUCGUGCAAAUUAACUGAAGAACCAGCAGAGCUGGCCUUCCAUUUUCUAUCUUUGCUAAGACAAUUAUCCAGAGAAUAUUUCUUCAGCAACUAGGGAAGGAUCGUCUGAGUAUUGGCUGAAAAGUCAUGCUUUUUUUUUUCCUUCCUUCUUCUACGUAUUUGACCCGGACCUACAUGGAUUUUUUUCAAGAUGACCGCAUUUUGGUAUCCAGCUGUUCCUCAGUUCACAUGUUCAUGACCCAAGCAUCUUGACCAGAAACGUCAAGGGUCACUUAUGUGCAUGUGUGUGUGUGUGUGUGUGUGUUUGUGUGUGUGUGUGUGUGUGUAAAGACAUCAUGCUUUUUCCAUAUUUAUGUCUUUGAAUGCAGUAAAACAUGAGGUACUUGUCAGAAUGGGUCAAAAUCACUCAAGUCUUUCUGCAGUGUAAUAUCUACUGAUAUUACAUGUCUUCCACAUUGUGAGGUUUGACUGCAUUCCUGCCACUUGCUUUCGUUUAGUUCUUUUUCGUUUUAUGAUCAUCUUCCAGCUGUUUUACUUUGGUUGUCAUGACAACGACUGACGAGUAUUUGAUUUAACUGGAUUACCGGAGCGAAGAUGUUCGUGCCGGGUUUAGCGUAUUUACGUUCGAACGUUUGAAGAGUUGCCUUCAGAGAAACGUCCCUUAUGUCUCAGGACACAGCUGUUAGACACAAGGCUACACUUGAUCCAAUGACCUGAAUGUGUCUUUCCUCUACUGCAGGCAACAUCGUCAUACAUAUUCUGUCUCGACCUAAAACGGUCAGCGGUUUACUAGAUAUUUUAUAGUUGCUUUGUGAUUCGAAUGCAAGAGAGUGAACCCUUUUUUUCCCAUGCUGUUGUUUUAGGCAAUCUGUAACUGCACUGAAUUUUUUUCCCCCUUUUUUCAGAUGUACGAUUUACAGAUUACUCAUUCCUGCAGUGCUGCUUUGGUCUUAAGUUUGUGUUAUGGGAUAAUCAUGCCUUUUUUGCUUUACGUUCAGGAAUUUUUUUUUUUUUUUUUCGCUUAUAUUUAUUCAUUUGGCAGCUUCAAAUAAGUGAGCCACAAUGCUGUCUAAAAAUAAAGCUGAGGAGUUAAAGGUUUAUUUAAAGAGCAACUCCACUGAUUUCAUAAAAAAGCUCUGCUAUGGUACUGUAUCAAGAACUGACCUCGGAGUCAAGGUGUGUGACGUCAGUUUAUCCAGGGAGCAAAGCUUAUUCAUUUCCUCACAAUCAAAAUACCUCAGUGUGCAGGUGAAUCAGACACAAACAUGCCAUACCAAUCGAGCAGUUCUGUUUUGUUGCAGUGGUUCAUGUAGGUUAGUUUUUUACUUGAAAGUCAUUCGCCUCGCAGAUGAGUGUAACAUACAGUAGUGUCAAAUGCCUUAAAAAAUAUUUGACAUUACCCAAAGCUCGGCACCAGGACAUGAUCCUCACGGAGGGAACAAAAUCUCCUUUGUUUUUUUUAUUAAUAGCUGAUUGUGUUGGAUGUGGAAGGGUAGGAUUUAUGUUUGUGUCACCGGUUACGAGGUGGUUCCAAAAAGUUUUGAGACUCGCUCUGUUUACGAGAAAGUACUUUAUUUAUCUAUGUUUACAUACUAUCACCUUCAUAUUAGUCCCAAUGCACAGCAAUACAGCGCUCCCAGCGUUCCUACCACUUCCUGAAAGUCUUCUUUUCAAAACGUGUCCAGCACCUUCUGCAAUUCACACUGGAUCAAAACAACUGGAUCUUCAUCUUUGGGUCCACAGGAGCCAAAUCGGGCGAAUAGGGUGGGUGUGGAAGUGAGAUCACGUGGUUCCCGGCAAGAAACUCGCGUGUAAGGGGUGUGCACGUGGUCAGAAUCGCAGACGUGGUAACGCAGGUGGUCAGAAUAGCAAAAGUCGCACAACUCCCUCUGUACACAGAAAGGUGUCUUUCAGCACACUGAAUUACGAAGGUCGGUGCUCCCUGUGAUUGUGCGUGCAGCCUCGUGCUGUAAUCUGAUGGCAUGUUACUAUACUAGUCUUAGAACUUUUUGAUACCACCUCGUAUCUUUAGGAAAAUGAGCCAACAAAAUAGAUUUGAAUAUAUGACCAGUUGGGUCAGAAAGUCUUAGACCUCUAGAAAAGACUGCUUUGAUUUUAUAAUGUAGUAUAAAUAUUUUUUUAUGACGAUAUGCUCUGCAAGAAUGUCAGGAACAUUUUACAAUCCAUGAUAUCGCAAAUCAAAGUGUCUCCAGUGAAAAGGAUUUGACAAAAAAUGUAACAGUGAACAGUGUGAGUACACGCAGGUCUGCAUAAUCUAGUAACCAAGAACUAGUCCUGAAUAUUCAAUUAUAUUAUAUAUAUACAGUGGAACCUCGAUACUCGCGACCUCGAUAGUUCGCGACUUUUCGUUCGGAACCAGACUGAUAGUAAAAAAACCUUUAUUUUGUCGAGUUAACAGUACAGUACAAAAGUCCCCCUGAAAAAGGAACCAUCAAAAGGAGAGUCAAAACUUCGCCAUUUUUUGUUACUCACGAGGGGUCAUAGAACGUAACCCCCGCGAGUAUCGAGGUUGAACUGUAUGUAUAUAUAUAUCAGGUACUGAUAGGUUGAGGAGGCUUGGGGGUCUAGUCAGUGUUCCAAUUCAUCCCCAAGGUGUUCAGUAGGGUUAGAGCUCUAUAGCAGACUUCUUAAGAUCUCCUCUCUAACGCAUGUAAGGCGUAUCUUCAUGGAGCUGGCUUUGUGCACAGAGGCAUUGCUGGAGAGGGUUCAGAUCUGCUAGUUUGAGUGAAGGGAAAAUGUAAUACUACUGCAUCCGAAGACAUUCUGUACAACUGUGUGUCUCCAUCUUUGUUUGGAGAACAGUCAGGUAUCCCAACACUUUUGUCCAUAAAUUAUAUAUCUUGUGUGUGGUUUGUCCAUGUCAUUUCAGACUACACUGUACAAAGAGAAAUAACUGCAGGAGUGGGUGGGAUUGGUCACAUUAGGGAACGGCACUAAAAUAAAACCACCUCUAGUGCAGGUUAAACUAUUCAAUUCAGGCGGCCCACAACUCAUGCGUUCAUUCAUCAGAAUUCGGAGCUUCAGCUCUCAACAUAUAUAGUGUAGAUCAUCUGUAAUGUGGCCAUCACAUCACUAGAAAGGUAUAUGCAGAAAAUAGUAGCCGUCCAGUGAUCUUUAACACUUAUCCUUCAUCACGUCGCACUUAAACACGUUGAAGUAAAACAUUGUGUGUGUUAAAGAACAGGCAAAGUGUUACAGUCAUUACGUGCUGCCAAGGAAACAAAGUCGUCAACAGAUUGAGGGACUGUUGGUGUCCUCACAUCAGGGCGACUAACAGACAGGGGCGAGACAAACAGGAAACUAAAUGCUGGAGUUGCUCUUUAAGGAACUUUCUCCUAAGCUCUGUGUCGGCUCUCUAGCAGUCGCUCAGAACCUCAAACGUUGGCCAUCAGUGAGAAAUAUUUAAUCACUUAAUCAAUAGAAUAUUUGAUCAAUUCCUACAGUGCAUAAUGGAUGCAAUGUUCUGUUUUGUAACAAAGUGCUAGCGUGAAGGAAAACUCCACCCUGUAUGAUCUUCAGUUACAUGGAAAUUCAUGGGCUUUUUGUGUUUUUUUGUUUUACUGGGACGUGUCAUCAGAAUCGCAGCAGGAUUUAACCCUUGCUUUAUUUUCUACCUAAAUACCUAAAAAGUCCCGAUCUCCCGUCUACACAGCCGUACAAACUGUUCCAUUUCCCACGAUUCAACUGACGUUAAUACCGUUAUUAAAGCCAUCAAGCUCACAGAUCACCAACUCAGAGCAACUGCAUGAAGGAUUCUGGAUCUUUGGAGUCGGUCACCAGCACCAGCAUUGUUGGAUUUCUCGUUACAAUAUGACAAUCAACUUCAGCAGAGAGUGUUCAAUGGGAUAACAAACUUUAAACUCUAAUAUACAAACUAUUUUAAUCUACAAUCUUCUGUCCUCACCUGACCAUCACACCCAUAUGCAGUUCUUUCUAAGAGGAUCUAAUGUUUUAGCACCUAGUGGACAAAAGGACAACGUGAACUCCAUGAAGACAUGGUGUGUGAAGGUUGGAGUGGAAGAACUCGAGGGUCCUGCACAGAUCCCAACUCGGACCGCCUCACCUACACAACUGUAUCAUGUAGGCGAAUCAACAUCAUUGGAUUUUACACUACAAAAUGGCGAGCAUGAUAACGUGGUAACGAUUACGUCCCGUCCCCCGUCUCCGUCCACCUCCGUGUUAAAGUGUGCAUCAAAUCAUCACCAGCAUCAUCAUAAAAAAACAGCACCAUUUGAAUCUUCAGCGAGUAUCAGGGUGGAGUUUUGCUUUAAAUAUGAACCACAGACAUUUUCGGAGAGACAAUGACAGCUAUCAGAGCUAAAGUCCAAUCAGAUAUGAUCUUGGACACACGAUAAAUCAGACGGAAAUCAUCUCCACAUUUAUCAAACUUGGUUUUAGUCACAAAAGUCACGUACGCUGUUCAGAUGAUGAUCCUUUCCAGUGAUGAUUGUGAUCAUCUCCAGCAGCGUCCUACAGUUCGUCUUUUUUUUUUACCUUGAGUGUCCUCUGUGUGUGUGUGUGUGUGUGUGUGUGUGUGUGUGUGUGUGUGUGUGUGAGUGAACUGAGUGAGGGUAACAGAGGACAGUUGAAACCCACAGCGGUGUAAGUAUGCAGUGAAAAAGUGCAGCAACAUGUUUGCUUAUCUCUACCUUAGAGGAGUUAGAGUUAUCGAUCAUCUCUAUAUAGCUUAUUUUAGGAGAAAAGAAAAACAGCACAGUAUUUUAAAGAUUUAUAGAAAUAUUUGAGAUUUUUAUGACAUUUAACUGAUUUGUGGUGUGCCAAAAAAAAUGUAUGUGAUAUCGGUUAAGAAGCAAUACACACUCUUAAGGGAAACUUUUUUUUUUUGGUUGUUUGUUUUUUC